UGAAACAGCGCCAUUUUGGCUCAAAUAGACUGAGUUCAGUGCUUGUCGGAACACGGAACGGUUUGGAUUCAACAUCACAAAAUUAAAUUACAAUGAAAUUAAUGCAAAAGCAACGUUUCUUUAUUUAAAGCUUAGCUCGAAAUACAGUUUUGAAGAAUACUGCUAGUGUAACAAUGCUGCGUUAGGUUUGUGCAACAGAUACAGUAUUUACAUUCUGGCGGAACGUUACUGACAUUUACAUGCUGACGUUAGUGCAGUAGACGCCUUAUUAGUAUGGACGUGUCGAGCCCACUUGUUGCCGCCGCCUCGGAUGGCGACCGGUCCAGUUCGGAGGGAGAGUACACGGUAGCGCACGGACCUGCGGUGAGAGACGGCGAGAAACGGGAGGAGGAGACGCCGAUGGAGGCUGCAGGUGCGGUCGGGUUCAGUAUCUCCCGUCUGGACACGCUGAGGCUCAACCGAACCCGACCGCCAGCGGACACGGAGCUCCGGUACCUGCACUUGUUAUGGCAGCCCGGUGAGCUGCUGCAGGCGGGACGGAGCUCGCCGGGCAAGAUCACAUCGAGUAGGGUGAGGCGGCUGGGAAGAGCCCGGAGGAACAUGGGGCCCAUUGGAAAAGACCUGUAUGCUGUGAAGAGGCUCAGAGAAACUGCCAACUCCAAUGAUACUGACACAGUUCGUAGAUUGCUGGAAGAGGAUACCGAUCCUUGUGCUGCUGAUGACAAGGGCAGGACAGCCUUACACUUCUCUUCCUGCAAUGGCAACGAGAGUAUCGUUCAGUUGUUGCUGAGUUAUGGUGCUGACCCAAACCAGAGAGACAGCCUUGGAAAUACACCACUGCAUCUGGCUGCCUGCACCAACCAUGUGCCUGUCAUCACAACCUUACUGCGGGGAGGUGCCCGUGUUGAUGCUCUGGACCGUGCUGGAAGGACUCCUCUUCAUCUUGCCCGUUCAAAGCUCAACAUCUUACAAGAGGGAGACUCGCAUAGCCUAGAAACCCUCAGAGGAGAGGUCACACAGAUCAUUCAAAUGCUGCGGGAAUAUCUGAAUAUAAUGGGACAGAGUGAAGAGAGAGAGAAACUAGAGCACAUCUCAAACCAGCUGCAGAACACCCGCACCAGAGAACAGAUGGACGAGGUGACCGAUUUACUGGCCAGCUUCACGUCUCUCAGUAUUCAGAUGCAGAAUAUGGGAGACCAUUAGAGAUGGAUGGAAGAAAAGACAUGAGAGGAUGAGACAACUGUGGGUUUUCAGGAGAAACUAUUUAUAUAUAUAUAUAUAUAUAUAUAUAUAUAUAUGACAUGCCUACAUAUACAACACAACGGUAAUUAUGGUCAUUUAAAUCCAACUUUGACAGAGAUUUUUUGUUAUUUUUGUUCCUGAAACAAUUCUCAUUUCUGUUAUGCCUUUAUUGUAGCUUGUUAUGUCGCUGUUUAUUGUAUAUUAAUUUUUGUAAGUGACUGAAAGAGCCAAAUAAAUGACAUAA